ACGCGCUUCGCAGGAGCUCCUAGCGGGAGCGACCGUAGAAACCACGCCAUAUAGAGCAGCGAGAAGGCAGGAGAGGGAGAGGGAGAGGAGGGAGAGGGAGAGAAAGCGGCCCUCGUGCUGCGCUCGGAUCUUCGGAUCAUCUUUUUGGAAAAAUGUAUUGGUGACUGCUAACCCUAGUUUACCUCCGCCGGUCCGAAACCCUAAUCCCGUCUCCAGAGACCUCCGUCCCCUCCAAUUGAAAUCCUAACCCUAGCUUGCCGAUGGCCUCUGCAGUGGAUCCUACCUCCUCUCCCCGCUCUGCUCGGCCAGCCCGCAAUUUAUCCGCCUCCUGGUCGCAUGUCGCCGCCGCCGCCGCUCCUUCCGCGUCGUUGGCCGACCCGAUUUCUUUGCGGGAUUCAUCGGAACGAUCGGUGCAGAAGUUACCUCUAGAUUCGCCUUCGCCGCCGCCGCCGCCUGAGAGCCCCGAUCAUGUCAUUGAUGGCAAUGCCGUCGCCGCCGCCAGGGGUAAGAAAACUGUCUGGAACGUGCCAUCUAAUGGCUCGACCGAAGGGGGAGCCGUCAUGGACGCACUCUGCUGGCCUGCGCUCUCUGAGUCCGCUAGGGCUUCUCCGAAAUCUUCAUCUUCGGAUUCUCUGAAGGGCCUCCCCGAUGGUUCAGUGUCUGUUCAUCCGGGACCUGUUUCUCCAACCUCGAAGCCAGCUUCUAGUACUCCAAUCCCUAGUCUAACUUCAAGCCCCUCAUCUUCUUCUCGCCAUAAAACCAUGAAACAUGUGGCUACAAAUGCUGUUAGUGAUGCUAGCAGCAACAGUGGCGGAAUGCCUAACGGUGGAUUGGCUACGCCAUCCCCUGCACCAACCUUAUCACAGAUAAGCCAGCCAAUGCCUGACAGACAACCUUCUCCCAAGGGGCUUACUAACAAGAACAACAACAACAACAAUAACGGUUUGGAUAACUCAUCGAGGACUGCUGGAACUUCUCACCAAACCCACGGAGGGAAUGAUCAGCACCGGGGCUAUGGCGGUGGCAGGCGGGGGAAUAAUGGUCAGUAUAACAGCUAUGGUAAUAGGAGGGAUCCUGAGCGUGGGGGUUAUGAGUGGAAUCAUCGGAAUUUUGUUAGAGAUGUCCCCAUGCAACAGCUGCAUCCUCAGUGGGGUGUUCGGUCCUACUCAAGGCCUCCACCAGUUGCAGCUCAGCUAAUUGCCCCACCUCCACCGCCCAGGCCUUUCAGUCACAAUAUGGGAUUUCAUGACAUGUCACCUGCUGUUUAUUAUGUACCGGCCCCUCCACAUCCUGACUCCCUGAGAGGUUUACCGUUUGCUCCAGUUCCAGCUCCAGUUCCAGCUCCACCGGUGAUGUUUAUUCCUGCACCAGAUCCUCAGCGUGCUAUGCUGCUGAAGCAAAUUGAUUACUACUUCAGCCCUGAAAACUUAUGUAAAGACACAUAUUUGAGGAGUUAUAUGGAUGAACAAGGCUGGGUUCAUAUAUCCCUGAUAGCUGACUUCAAUAGAGUCAAGCUACUAACUAAGAACGUACAAUAUAUUCUCGAUACAUUACGUUCCUCUAGUGUUGUGGAAGUUCAGGGUGAGAAAAUAAGAAGACGGAAUGAUUGGUCGACAUGGGUGAUUAAUAAAGGCAAUGAGUCGGGUUCUUCUGGUUCACAUUCUCCCACACCAGCCACCAAUUAUGAUGCCUUGUCAACACAGUUUCAUAACGUUGGAUUGGAGGAGAAUUCUUCUAACACACCAGUAUGAGAGGUUCAGCUGAGACUGUUCUUGCCGAAUCAACGUCUGGGGAUUUUAAUGGGCAGCACUAGAGGUGCAUUAAUUUUUUUUUUUGGCGGAUCUGGAGUUUUUAUUUUUUGUUUUUUUUGUUUUUUUUGGCAGCAAGUGCUAUAACGGAGAUGGGGGUAUAUUUUUUAUCAGUUUAUUAUAAGAAAAAAAAAAGAAGUUUUUGCUAAAUUUUCAACUGUUUUGAAAAAAAAAAAAACCCAAAAAGAAAACUGGUUUUGAAUUUGUACAGAUUUGUUUCAGCAGACGGUUAUAUAUGCUGGUAGCUACGAAUUUAUGGAGCUCUAUAUUCAUUAGAAUUAGGAAGAAUUUUGGGGUGUUUAAACUGGGUGGAAGUUUGUUGAAAUUUUUGUUUGAGUUGAGGAUGUUCAUGGAA